UAUGGUGUAGAUGUGAAAUCUAAAGGUUUAUAGUUUGUUGCCUAUCUCCAUCUGUUGGAUUGAUUUUCAUAAAUUUGACAAGUUUAUUUAUUUACAUUUGAUUUUGUUUGUUAGCUUAGGCUUGGAUAAACGAAGUGAAAAAUUGUACACGUACCUUAAGUGUAAAUGAACCCCAGUUGAUUAGACUGUAGGCUACUGGAUGUUCCAAAUGGGCAGCGAAGAAAUAGGUAAUUGUUCCAGUGAUAAAUCUGAUGACUGCGUAAAUGGAUCAGAACAACCUUUAAAAAAGGCUCGCUACGUUUGGCAAUUGAAAGGCAAAUAUCAUCUCAGAGACAAUGUAGAAAGUCCCAAAUCUUCUGGACAAUAUCAGCAAAUUACAAAAGCUGAGAACAAUGCAGACGGUCCAAAAAUUUCAGAUUUUGCUUCGUUCAAUCAAAGUAUUGGUUGUCACGGUAAUUGUUAUGUUGAGAGUUUAUUAGAGCAAUCUGAGAAGUUAAUGAGUAACGAUGAUUCUUCAGAAGAUGAAUGUACACAAAAUAUAGUAAAAUCAAUAUGUGAUGAAAUUCCUGUGACUUUAGUCAAACCUAAUCUGAAACGUGAUGAUUACUUAGAAAAGUGGCAAGCGCGACAGGUUGUAAAAGGUUAUAUGGACAAUACUAUAAACCAAGUGUUGGAAACUUGCAUGAUUUCACGUAAUGAGGCGUCAAAUGUUAUUGAAAGAAUAGAAAACGAUGAUCAGGUAGAGGAUGAAGGUAUAUUAAUGGCUAUUCAGCUGCAUGGACUGCAUUCAAAUACUGAGAGUUUGUGUACAUUGAAUAGUACACAAAGGGAUCCUUCGUUUGCUAAUGACUUAGAAAUAGAAGAAUUCACUUUGGAUAAUUACCAAAAUGUGCAUAAGGAAAUCAUUAAAAACAAAAUGACCGAUAAAGAAAAUGAUUCCUUUGUAAAUACUGAAUUAGGAGAUCAUUCACAUUUUUUAGAAACAGCUGUAUCUGUAGCUAUACAAAAGAAAGGUCUUUCUUCACAAAAUUGUACAUGAUCUUAAGUGUUUAUGCUUUUUUAAAGAGUUAAAUUUAAAUUAAGUAGUGAACUUAUAUUAAAUCAGUGCAGUUAUAUGAGAUAAGUGAGCUUAUUUAUGUUUUUCAUUUAAAACCUUUUUCUAAAAUUAAAGUGUAUGUAAAAACUGGAUAUUUUCAUCCAUCCACAAAUAUUAAAUGUUUAUCCACACAUAUUUCCUUCUAUUGUGAAAUAAAUUACUUGCCAUUUACA